AUGCUCAUUACGGAUAAAGGAGAGAAAUACGUGAGCUCAGCUGGAGUUACUCUGACAGUUACAGAUCUGCAGGUGAUCUGUCACUACAAAAGUCAAGCUCUAAUCUGCCACACUUCCUGUCAUCUAACCUUUGCUGCUAAUGUGUACUACUGGUGUUGGAAGGAGCUGUAUGAGGGUGACCUACCCAGACAAGAGAGUUUGGAACCUUUGGAAGGGUCUUCAGUGGAAAUUGUGGAAAAAGUGCUUUCCAGUGGACAGAGUGUUAAAGAAGUAUUCUGGCAUUCUUCUAAGGACUUCAAGGACCUGAUGCAUGAGUUUACUAAUCGAGUUGAAUAUGUGAAGCAAGACAGAAACUGCACUCUGAAAAUGAACCAGCUGAGAAAGAAAGACUCUGGAGAAUAUCGGCUUAGAGUAGUUUAUACAUCUAACCGAAUCUCGGGUAGACCUGGAGUGGUUCUUAAUGUUACAGAUCUGCAGGUAAGACUGAGUCACUAUGCAGGGUCAUCAGAAGAACGGACGACAGUAACGCUGAGCUGCAUCACCUCCUGCACUCUGUCCAACAGCCCCACUUACCUGUGGUACAAGAACGGACAGCCUGUUACUGAUAAACUCACCAAACACAACAAACUCUACCUCUUCUUCAGCGAAGAUGCAGGGAACUACUCCUGUGCUGUGAAAGGACGUGAGGAUCUUCGCUCUCCUGAACAAACUGUUAGACGUGAGAAUCAGUCAUUAUCUAGAAGGUUGUGGUAGCUCAGGUUCUGGUGGUACUUAACUUUAUCUUAAAAAGCUUUUUGCUUGGUUUGGAUUUUGUUUUUGUUUAUAAGUCACUUUGGAUUUAGGUUUCAGUCAAAUAAAUAAAGAGGAAAAUCCAGAAUUGCUUAUGAGG